AAACUUCCGGGUAAAUUAACAGGUGUCCGAAGCAAGUUUCAAUUUGCACAGGAUUUUAGUUGGAAACCGACGUACAAACAAUCAUGGAGCUGAGGGAAAGGAAUAAACCUGAGGAAAGUUUGAAGGAAAAACUGCGUGCAAAAUGGCACACGAGAGAUUUUACACCGAAAGAACACCACUCGAAUAUAUUUGGAAUGAACUUCUUCUUCAUCUCGUCAAUCUCUCUGCUAAUUGAAAGUUUGUUCUUUCUGGUACCUCGUGUUUUUCCAGAGACAAGGUGGAUCAUGUCUUUAGUGACAUUCAUAAUGUUUUGUGAGACUCUUUUGAACUGGCAUAGAUCAUAUUUUGACACGGCAAAUUAUGUGAAAUCGGAAACAAAGGAAAAAUACUUCCCAGAUACAGAUGAAACACCAGCUGGCUGGAAGAGCUGCUUCAAAUGCCAGGUAGAUGUUCCACCAAGAGCUCAUCAUUGCAAACACUGUGGUAAAUGCAUGUUGAAGCGAGUCCAUCAUUGUUUCCUGACCGGUUCCUGUAUCGGCUUUCAUAACCAGAAGUUCUUCAUCAUGUUUUGCCUCUGGUCGGCUAUAAGCCUGGGAUUCUGCGUAAAACUUCAGCUGUCCUACCUCCAUGUUGAUCUACCUCUAAACUCAUUGGAAAUCUUCACCUACCUCCCACCCGUUACCCUAGUCAAAUACGUCUUGGGAUACAUUAGUCUUGGACAAACAUUUAUUGCAUUGCAUUUCUUUAUAACUGCUGCAACAUUUAUUACUUCAGUUUUAGCUUUCUUGUGGCACUUAUUCCUUCUUUUAGAAGGGGUAACAAUGUAUGAAGGUUUUAAGGGAAUUUAUGGAUAUGCUGGCACAAGGGCAGAGAAUAUCAGGUCAGUGUUCGGAUCAUUUUUAUACAUUCCAGUUCUGAUAUUUUUGCCCUAUAGAUUUGAUCAAUCAAUGAAUGGAAUACAAUGGAAAUUAAGGUCUAAACGGGUGAAAGGGAAUUAAUCAGUGAUGAAAUAGUGUAGCUUGAUUAAUUUUACCACAAGGCAUGUUGAUGCAAGUUCAUUUUGUAAGCAAAAGAAAGUUGAGAAGAAAUCCUUUUUGAAAAGAAAGGUGUUGUUUGUUGUGUCAAGUUAGGACCUGAAAAGUAAGGUGAUGAUAGAAGCUUGAUCAUAUGGAUAAAUGAUCAGUGCUGCAUGUUAUGAUAAACAAUACACUACAGGGUACUAGUAUUUCUUGUUGAAUAAUCAAUACAAUUAUAGUUUCAACUCUUUUCAAUUGUUUCUUUGUUACAUUGAAAUAUAGUCACUUAGUUUAAUAACUUGCAAUUGUUGUUUUGCUAUACUUUGGUCUCUUUUUCAUGCAUGUCAAUCCAUCUUCAUUUUUAUAUUCUUCAAGAAAAAAAGUUUAUGAUCUCGAGGAAGUCAAGACCAGCUGAAGGCCAAAACCUAAAUGAAUUCUGCAUAAAUCCAGAGAAUCAGACAAAUUUUCCGAAAAAGCCUUCCAACUUAUAUAAUGCUGGUCUGACUACAGCUAAUCACCUUGUCAUUAUUGGACACUAACCUUACAGUCUACGUGUUAAAUUCAUUUGACAAAACAACUUGUAAUGGUCUUUAAAAAAAACAUUCUUACAUUUUGAAUGACUGAUCAAACCUAAUCACAAGAAAAUAUAUUUUUCUGUAGGGCAAAGAGAUGUUUAAAGUUUAACACAAACGUUAGAGUGGCAACUGUCAUAUAACUACUGACAGCUACUUUGUUUUGAAAACAUUUCCACAUUAUAUGACUAUAGUUUUCCAAGGUUGGUUACAACCAGAUUUGUUUCAAACCAUUGCCAAUUUCUCUCUAAAUGACUUUUUGACAGGUGCUUUUAAUUUUCAGUAGUUAAGAUCUAAAUACGAUUGAUAUGCAUCAUUGUUUUAUUGAUAUAGUAUGGAUCUCAUUUCUGCAUGGACAGAAAAUUAUUUAAGUCACAGUAGUUGUUAUUAUUUAUUAAAUGACUAGAAUUUUAAGUGAUAGAUUAACCAAUACCUGUGAUAUAACUAUAUCAUUGUUUUCUUUAAUUUUCAUAAAACUACAAAUCUGCUCUAUGACAAUCUAUAAAUAGAUAGUGUAAUAAAUUUUAAAUUAAUGUUAAAAUAUAUUAUGUUUACAUAAUUGUAUAUUUCUUUUUGUACUAUUUAUAUUUUUAUAUAUAUUUAUUUGAUGUAUCGUAUGCAUAAAAAUCACCAUUGAAUUAAGUGUUGUAUUCAAAACCAUUUACAUUGUGUACAUAUUGUAUUUGCUCAAAUUC